AUGUGGUUUUUGUGGAUUGGAGGACUUUUACACUGCCUUGUAGGGGCUGUAUAUGGUGUGGAGGUAUGCUACGACAAGCUUGGCUGCUUUUCUGAUGAAAAGCCAUGGAGUGGCACUACUGAAAGACCCAUUGCACGCCUACCAUGGAGUCCUGAGAAGAUCAAUGCCCGCUUUCUUCUUUUCACACGACAGAACCUUGAUUUCUACCAGGAAAUCAGUACAAAUGCAGAUGUAAUUGCAAGGUCUAAUUAUCAAUCAAACAGAAAGACCCAUUUUAUAACCCAUGGUUUUAUCGACAAAGGAGAUGAGAAUUGGCUUUUUGACAUGUGCAAGCUUAUGCUGAGCACUGAGGAUUUGAACUGUAUUUGUGUGGACUGGAAAUCUGGAGCAAGGACAUUGUACACACAGGCAGCAAACAACAUCCGAGUGGUUGGAGCUCAGAUAGCGUAUAUGAUUUCCAUCUUUAAGGAAAGUUUCCAGCAGGGACCUGAAAGUGUGCAUAUUAUUGGGCACAGCCUGGGUGCACAUAUAGCUGCAGAGGCUGGUCGAAGGACGCCGGGGCUGAGAAGAAUUACAGGUUUGGACCCAGCUGAACCUUAUUUCCAGAGUUGUUCUCCUCUGGUAAGACUGGACCCCAGUGAUGCCCUGUUUGUUGAUGUCAUUCACUCAGAUGCCCUUCCCAUGAUUCCCCACCUUGGAUUUGGAAUGUCUCAAGCUGUUGGACACCUUGACUUUUAUCCAAAUGGAGGAGAACACAUGCCUGGUUGUGAAAAGAAUGUAAUCUCACAAAUUGUGGACAUUGAUGGCAUUUGGGAAGGUACCCGUGACUUUGUUGCCUGCAAUCAUCUGAGAGCGUACAAGUACUACAGUGAUAGCAUCCUAAACCCUGAGGGCUUUUUAGGCUACCCCUGUACCAACCAGGUCAUGUUUGAGUCUGGGCAUUGCUUUCCAUGUACAUCCAACAGUUCAUGUCCUUUCAUGGGUUACCAUGCUGACAAAUUUAAAGUACCCAAUGGAGCAGAGCUGAUGAAGUUCCACUUGAACACAGCCGAUGCUCGGCCCUUCUCACGUUAUCGCUAUAGGGUGACUGUCACUAUUGAUGGAUCUCGAACCAAUACUGGAUACUUCAAAGUGGCAUUAUAUGGUGUUAAUGGAAAUACUCGCCAGUAUCAGAUUCACAAAGGCAUGCUGUCACCUGGUAGUACCUACGAGCUCCUCAUCGAUGUUGAAACGGAAGUUGAUGAAUUGACUUCUGUAAAGUUUAUAUGGAACAACAGUAUAAUAAACCCUUUACUGCCCAAGUUUGGUGCCACUCACAUAGCAGUACAGAGAGGAAGGGACGGGAAAAAGUUCAGGUUCUGUGGAAGUGAGCGUGUGCGAGAGAAUGUUCUUCAGACCCUGUCUCCGUGCCAGUGA